AUGAACUUGUGCAGCCCUAUUAACCGUUUAUUCUUGCGGCAAGCAAGCACCAAAGUUAUUGGUAUUGAUUUAGGAACUACAAAUAGUGCCGUUGCGUACAUUAGGGACUCCAAUAAUCUUCAGUCUGCUACAAUAAUAGAAAAUGAUCAAGGUCAACGUACGACACCAUCAAUAGUAGCUUAUAAUAAAGCUGGGGAUGCUAUUGUAGGAUCGGUGGCCAAAAGACAAGCGGCUCUUAAUCCAAAGAGUACGUUUUUUGCAACUAAACGACUAAUAGGAAGAUUAUAUGAUGACCCUGAGACCCAAAGAGAUUUAAAAACCCUUCCAUAUAAAAUUAUUCGCAAUGAAGAAAACGCAUAUGCAUAUCUAGAAACUUCUAAUGGACAGGUAAAGUCUCCUGCUGAGAUUGGCUCAGUUAUUUUAUCUUAUUUGAGAAAAUCUGCGGAAGAAUACCUAAAUGAGAAGAUCGAUAAAGCAGUAGUUACAGUCCCUGCCUAUUUUAAUGAUGCCCAAAGACAAGCUACAAAGGAAGCUGGUACCAUGAUUGGACUUAAGGUAUUGCGUGUUGUUAAUGAACCCACAGCAGCAGCUCUAAGUUUCGGUCUAAAUGCUAAAAAUAACGGCCUGGUAGCUGUUUAUGACUUGGGCGGGGGAACAUUUGAUAUAUCUUUGCUUGAUAUUGAAGGUGGCGUUUUCGAAGUUAAGGCAACUAAUGGUGAUACCCAUCUUGGGGGAGAAGAUUUUGACAAUGUCCUUGUUAACUAUAUUGUUGAUGAAUUUAUAAAACAAAAUCCAGGCGUUGAGAAAACCUCUAUUACUAGUAAUGGAGAGGUGAUACAGAGAAUUAAAGAUGCCGCAGAAAAGGCUAAGAUUGAGUUGUCUCAUGUCAGUGAGACUGUCAUUGACUUGCCCUUUAUUUACGAUGAAAAGCACCUCCAGUUAACGCUGAAGGAGGAGGAGCUGGAUAACAUGACUAUGCAUUUGAUCAAAAAAACAAUUGCACCUGUUUAUAAAGCAUUAAGUGAUGCUGAUGUUGAACCAGAAGAUGUUGACGAAAUUAUCUUAGUAGGAGGCAUGACUAGAAUGCCAAAGAUCAGAAGUAUGGUUAGCGAGGUUUUUAACAAAAAGGUGAACACGACUGUUAACCCAGAUGAAACUGUUGCAUUAGGUGCUGCAAUUCAGGGAGGUAUUCUUAGUGGAGAGAUAAAGAAUGUAUUGCUGCUGGAUGUGACUCCAUUGACUCUUGGUAUCGAAACAUUUGGUGGAGUCUUUUCUCCCUUAAUUCCAAGAAACACAACCAUUCCAAUUAGGAAGACAGAAGCUUUCAGUACUGGAGCUGACGGGCAAACAGGAGUGGAAAUUCGUAUUUACCAAGGAGAACGUGGACUAGUUCGUGACAAUAUCAAGAUUGGUGAUUUUACGUUGGCAGGGAUUCCUCCAAAGCCAAAGGGCACGCCUCAAAUACAAGUAACUUUCGAUAUUGACGCAGAUGGUAUAAUUACUGUGUCUGCGAAAGAAGUAAGUUCUGGGAAGGAGCAUUCAGUGAACGUUAUCCCUAAUACAGGUCUUACAGAGGCUCAAAUACAGAAAAUUAUUGAAGAAGCAAAUGCUAACAAGGAGCGCGACAUGUUGAUCAAAAAACGGCUAGAAGUUGUCAAUAACGCCGACUUAAUGAUCACAGAUACCGAAGGAGUAUUUGAAAAACAUCAAAACCUUAUAAACAAGGAGGAAUCCUACCCGGGGCUCUUAGAAACACUGAAGAACUUGAGGACGAAAAUCAACCACUUUAAGGCCAAUGACUCGGAUAUGAGUAUAGAUGUGGACCAGAUCAAACGACAAGCAGAUGCCUUACAGCUAAAGGCACUACAGCUAUUCCGGGACGUUUCAAAGAAACAAAACACAAAAUAA